AGUGCAAGGGACAACUCUCCCUCUCUCUCUCUCUCUCUCUCUCUCUCACACACACACACACACACACACAGACACACACACACAUUGCUGAAAUAAUUUAUUACCUACACAACUCAGAGGCACUGAAGUAUCAGGGGAGCAUAGAACAUUACAUUGUGAAGCUGGGAGGACAGCACACAGGACUGAGAACAGUGGCACUGAAACCUUGAGUUAUAAAGAAAUUUAAAGAUGUGGAAGAGAUCAAAAAUUACAGAUCAAACAGCCACAGGGCAGGGUGGAACAGAGAAUCAGCCUCCCAAGAAAAAAGGCAUCAAAAGGAGAUCGAAGGUCCCUGGGGUUAUGAUUACACAGUAUGUGGAGGAAUUGCCAGAGGGGAAAUCUACUCCUGAUUUCACCCGCAAACCCAUUGCUUUGACCAUUCAAGAAGGUAAAUUAGCCAUCUUUAAAGCCAUUGUGAUUGGAGAACCCAAGCCCACAGUGUCAUGGAAGAGAGCGAAAGGAGAAAUGAAUGAUCCAGAAAAGUUCCAGAACAAAUAUGACCCUGUGACUAAUGAACAUACUUUAGAGAUGCCUAAAGUUAGUGGUGAACAAGCUGACACAUACAAAUGCUAUGCUGUAAAUGAAUAUGGAAAGGCGGUCUGCACUGUCGUCCUAAAUGUCAUUGAAGUUGGAUUCAAAAAGAGUAAAGAAUUUCAAAAGACAGAAGAUUUGGAGGAUCCUUCAGAGUUCAGAAACAAGCUUAGGAGAAGUGUUGGCAAAAAGGUUGCUGAAAAAAAGGAUGGAGAAAUUGAUGAGGCAGUGUGGGAUCUGUUACUGUCCGCUGAUAAGAAAGACUAUGAGCGAAUUUGUGCUGAAUAUGGCAUCACUGAUUUUCGUGGAAUGCUGAAGAAACUGACUGAGAUGAAGAGACAGAGAGAGGAAGAGCAGGCCUUGUUCAUUCAGCACAUCAGUAAUUUGAGACACAUCGAAGUGAAAUCAGAAGAUUCAGCAACUUUUGAGCUGGAUUUGGAACUCAAGGACCCCAACAGUCGCAUUUUCCUCUAUAAAGAUGGCGUCAUGGUUCCAUACAGCAAAGAUGCGGACAAUGAAAUGAAACACUACUUGAAGCAAGUUGGAAAAAAGUAUGUGUUCACAGUGAAAAAUCUUAGUCCUGAGGAUGCUGGUAUUUAUCAAGUGGAUGUUGAAGGAGUCAACAUCUUCUCAACUGAUUUCAAGAUACCCCCUGUGGAUUUUCUGGUGAAGAUUCAGGAAGUGAGGGCUGAAGAAAGAGAAGAUGCCAUAUUUGAGUGUGUGACCUCUCUACCUAUGAACCAAAUUUUAUGGACACUGAAAAAUAAUCCAUUAUCCAAUAGUAAUAAAUAUGAGAUUACCGUUUCUGAGGACAAACUGAUUCACCGUCUGAAAGUCAUUGACUGUAUGCCUGUGGAUGCUGGAAUCUAUUCUGCUGUGGCUGGUAUAAAGUCAUGUAGUGCCUGGCUUGUGGUAGAGGCUAAUAAAGAUCCUGCCAUGAAAGGUAAAAAGAUAGCCCGCAAGACUACACAGGCCGGUGGCACGGGAGCUGACCUGGCUAAAAUUGCUGCUGAUCAGCAAGAAAAAAACAAGAAGGCAAUGGAAGAUGCCCUGGAAGCUGCUAAAAGAGCUAAGGCUGAGCAAGAUGCUGCUGCAGCCAAAGCCAAAGCAGAAGCUGAAGCUGCACUGGCAGCGUCAAGGGCUGCUGCAGCUGCAAAAGCAGCAGCUGCUGCACAAUCUGCUGAGGCUGCACUUGCGGCAGCUAAAGCUAAAGGCAUGUCACAGAAAGAUGCCAAAGCCCAAGCUGAAGCAGCAGCUGCAGCUGCAGCAGCAAAGGCACAAGCUGAAGCUGAGGCGAAUGCCAGAAAGUUGGCUGAGGCCAAGGCUAAGGAAGCAGGCUUGAGUGCAAAGGACAUUGCUAAGGCAGGAGCAGCUGCUGCUGCCUUGCUUACUGAAAAUAUAGCUGCAGUAGAAGGACUUGGACUGGGCGGAGCAGGCAUGGGUAGAACAAUGGGGGAUGCAGAAGGUGCUGGUCUUGCCAGAGAUGCUCAUCUUGGAGGAGGUGCUGAUCAGGGUUCAGGUCUUGCAGGAACUGCGGAUCCUGCUGGAGGUGCUGGUCUCUCAGGAGGUUCUGGUCUUGCAGGAGGUGGUGGUCCUGUAGAAGUUUCUGGUCUUGAAGGAGGUGUUGGUCCUGCAGGAGUUUCUGGUCUUGAAGACGGCGUUGGUCCUGCAGGAGAUUCUGGUUUUGCAAGAAGUGCUGAUCCUGCACUAGGUUCUGGUCUUUCAGGAGGUGCUGGUCUUGCAGAAGGAGCUGGAGGUGUGGGCCAAGCAGGGGUUGAUGCCUUAAUGAAGAAAGGUGCUGAUGCUGGGGCUACAACUAGUGCUAGGUCUAAGAAGCAUGCAGGAACAGACGCUUUAGUGGCUGACACUAUCAAAGUUGGAGGCAACCCACAUGAUAACCCAGGCAGUAACCCGGGUCAUAAUCCAAGUGGUAACCCGAGUCAUAAUCCAAGUGGUAACCCAGGUCAUAAGCAAGGCAGUAACCCUGGCCAUAAUCCAAGCGGCAAUCCGGGUCAUAACCCAGGUGGUAACCCGGGUCAUAAUCCAAGUGGUAACCCAGGUCAUAAGCAAGGCAGUAACCCUGGCCAUAAUCCAAGCGGCAAUCCGGGUCAUAACCCAGGUGGUAACCCGGGUCAUAACCCAAGUGGUAACCCAGAUGGUAAGCCAAAUGGUAAUCCGGAUGGCAACCCAAGUGGCAAUCCAGGUGGCAAUGGUGUCAAACCCGAGGGCAGCGAGGGGGCUCCGCCUGAUGGUGAGGCCAUUGAAGGCACAAAAGAGGAGUCACCUGAGGCAAGCAAGCAUACAGGACGCACAAGACAAGGUCCCCUGCUUCCAGAGGCAACCGUUGAUCCUGGUGUUCACUUCUCUGCUGGCCUGGAAGACUGCAGGGUUAUUAUAGGAGAGGCAGCUGAGCUGGUCUGUAAACUCAGCAGUGCAGAGUGUAAGGGGCUGUGGUACAGAGAUGGAAAAGAGAUUUCUGGUUCUACUGAGGGUAUGACUAUCAGCAAAGAUGGUGCUACUCACAAACUGAAAAUCCACAAAGCAUCAGAAGAGUUUGCUGGAAAAUAUAAAUUUGAGGCUGAUGGCCGUAAAACUGAGGCUAUAAUUAUUGUUGAAGAUCCACCAAGAUUCAAUACGAAAGACCUUGAAGAAUUUGUCAAACCAAGAGUGGUAAAAGCUAAUCAUAAAGCUGACUUCAAAAUACCAUAUAUUGGCAGUGAGGCCACUAAAAUACAAUGGUAUAAAGAAGGCGAAGAACUUACAAGAGAUGCAAACUGUAGGAUUGAUACUACUGAAAGCCACUGCCGUUUGUCUCUCAACAAACUACAGCGCAAAGACACAGGAGAAAUUAAAAUCAAAAUAAAAAAUGAGUUUGGCACUGUUGAAGCAACUACAAAUCUAGUUGUACUUGAUAAACCUACUCCACCUCUUGGACCUCUUGAGAUAGUGGAAGCUUCCUCAAACUGCAUUGAGAUCAAAUGGCGCCCACCAAAAGACGGCGGGGGCUGCCCAAUCACUCAUUAUAUCCUUGAGCGUAAUCAAGUUGGACGCAACACCUGGAAGAAGAUUGGACAGAUUCCUGGGGAAGCCCAUUACAGAGACACUGAUGUGGAUCAUGGUAAAAGGUACUGCUACCGCAUCAGAGCUGAGACCUCGGAGGGUAUCAGUGAGGUAUUCGAGACAGAAGACGUUCAAGCUGGGACUAAAUCAUAUCUUGGCCCACCGUCUGCUCCUAAAGUGAUCAGUGCCUUCAAGGACUGCAUCACCUUGUCAUGGACCCCUCCAUCCACCACUGGAGGAACCAACAUUCUGGGUUACAACCUUGAAAAACGCAAAAAGGGGAGCAACCUUUGGAGCCUUGUUCAUCCACCAGAGGAACCAAUCAACACCAAGAAGUAUGCUUGUAAAGAUGUUAUUGAGGGCAUGGAGUAUGAGUUUCGCGUUUCUGCUGUCAACAUAUCUGGACCUGGGGAACCAAGCGCACCAUCAGAGACUGUGUUUGCUAGAGAUCCUAAAAAACCUCCUGGUAAAGUAAUUGACCUUAAAGUGACAGGCUCCACGUAUACCACUUUGUCCCUUUCUUGGACAAAACCAAAAGAAGAAAAGGGAGAACAUAAUGAAGCUAAAGGAUAUUUUGUUGAAAUUAGACCUGCAGAGAGCACGGAAUGGAAUCGCUGCAAUAGCAGUGCCAUUAUCAUGACCUCCUACACUGUAAAGAGAUUGAAGUCAAUGGCCAUGUACUGGGUGAGAGUGAUAGGUGUGAAUGAAGGUGGAGUGGGAGACCCUCAGGAGUUGAAUAACUACAUUCUAGCUAUGCCUCCUCCUGUGAGACCAAAGUUCACAGAUGCCAAGAUAAAGAGCUUCAUGAUAGUCAAAGCUGGAAACUCAGGACGAUUCACUAUUAACUUUGUGGCUUCUCCAUGGCCUGAGGUUAUUUGGCUUAAGGACGGCAUUCCUAUCUCCAAACGUGUCACCAUUAGCAAUACCGAAGGAAGCUCUCAAAUCCUGAUUCCAUCAGCUGAGCGCUCUGAUAGUGGAAUCUACACCAUUGUAGUAAAGAAUAUUGUGGGCCAAGAGACGUUCAGUGUUGAGAUCAGAGUCACAGAUGAGCCUAAGCCUCCAGGGCCUGUGGAACUAGAUAUGAAUGUACCAGGCACUGUGACAAUCAGUUGGGGGGCCUCACCAGAUGAAAAACGAGAUGAUCGUCUGCACUACAUGGUGUCCAAGAGGGACUCUGUUAAACAAACCUGGCACACAGUGGCUGAUGGCAUCUUCAACAACAGGUUCACAGCCUGCAACAUCAUGCCAGGGAGAGAGUACCAGUUCCGUGUCUAUGCCAAAAAUGACAUGGGACAAUCUGCUCCCUCUGAAUCUCCAAAGUGGCUCAUUACUGAGAAGAAAGAUAAGUACACGUUAACCCCACCUGAGUCAAAACCCUGCAACCUGGAAGGGCCUCCUAAGUUCCUAGUCCCCCUGAAGCUGCACACAGCUCCACAGGGCUAUGAGUGCUACAUGAGCUGUGCUGUAAGAGGCAAUCCCACCCCGCAUGUCACAUGGUACCGCAAUAACAUCAGUCUCAACACAGAUGCCAACUACUACAUCACCAACACGUGUGGCGUCUGCUCCAUGCUCAUCCUGAGGGUGGGUCCCAAAGACACCGGAGAGUACAAGGUCACUGCAGAAAAUCCAUUAGGUAGAGCAGAGUGCUCUACCACACUGACAGUCAGAGAAUAAAGCAACAGCUGGAUAAAGGCAAAAAAGGCUUCUCCUUUAAGUCUUUAUAAUUAUUUAUUUUGAUGUCUUUCAGAUAAUUGUAGAAGUAACAUGUACACUUCAAAAGUGAUAUCUUUAAUAUUAUUUGUUUUGCAUACAGUUUAUUUCCAUGAGGCUGUUGUUAUUGUUAUUGUUAUUAUUACUGUAUCGAUUUACAGUAUAAUCAAUCACCACAACCAACACAACCUUUCAAUCACCACAACCUUUGCUAUUUUGUUUUCCUUUGAUUAGUUUUCAAGCUAAAGUUUGUAUUGUUUUCCUAAACAGUGUGUUUGCUACUUGCUGUUUAUUUACUUUUACUCCAGAAAACUAAAUUAUAUAUUCUUAAUGAAUGUCAUUUGUUUGAUUGAUUUUAAAUCCUGAUGCACUAAUAUUUGCUUAUACUGGCCGCAGAGAGAGAGAGAGAAAAAAAACAAUAUAGAGGGGAUUUGAAGCAACAUGUUACUUAAAUGAUGACAAGAAACUUGACAUGAAUAAAUUAUUAAAGUUGA